CACAUAAUCACAUCCAAACAACCCAUUGUUCACAAUAACGUUAUUAUGUGACUAUUGUGUUCCUGUGCGGGUUAACUUAAAUGGUAUACGUGUUGCUUUGAGUGAUACUCUAGUUUUGCUUUUGCUAAACUAGUCUAGUUUAGCAAAAGUUGUAGUUUGUUGUGAAAAAGACUAACCGGAAGUAACCGGAAGUUAGUCUUUUAUGCUAGCAUGGAGGUUUGCCCGCCAACACGGCAUCAUAUCCAAACAACAAAUAUGUAAUUUAUUUAUAAGAAAAUCAUUAUUUACUCGUGUGGGUUUACUUUAUUUAAUCCGAGAUGCUUUAAGUGACACCGUUUUUACACUCAGGGUUCGUUGACGAUCACUUUUAAUUCAGUUCAGGGACUCUUACCUUUCACAACCAAAGCUUUCAGCACAGAUUUGUAUUUUUGUGGAAUUGAAGGUGAAAUAAAGUAUGGCGCAGAACAAAGAGUCAGAACCGGAAUCUCGACUAUACGCUUUUACUCGAGUAGCGUCUGCGAUGUUGACACACUUUCUCGGCGUCGCCCUCACAGUUUUUGUCGCUGUUCUGGCUCGACCCGGCACAAGUUGGUUUUCUUGGCAUCCUCUCCUCAUGACUCUAGCAUUCUCCCUCUUUAUGACAGAAGCCAUCCUGGUCUUCUCCCCCCACGGAUCCCCCAUGAGGCGGUUCUCCCACAAGGUCAAAGUUCGUGUUCACUGGCUCUUGCAGUGCGCCUGCCUCUUGUGCGCUGUGCUGGGCCUGGCCGCCAUUUUAUACAACAAACACUUGCAAGGCAAGCCUCACUUCACCUCCUGGCACGGGCUGAUAGGCCUGCUGACAGUGUGCGCGGUGGGGGUCCAGUCCGCGGCCGCCCUGCCCCUGGUCUACCACUCCCUGGCCAAAGGUUGGUCGCUGGCCAAGCUCAAGAGGUACCACGCGGCUUCCGGGCUCGUCGCCUACCUGCUGGGCGCCGUCAGCCUGCUGCUGGGGAUGAGUUCCGUGUGGUUCACGGCAUCUGUCAGCGACGGCGUCUGGUACCUGGUGGCACUCUGCCCCACCAUCUGUGGUCUGAUCGUCAUGAAUCAAGUCACCAGCGCUUAUGUGGCCAAAAAACGCCUACAGUCUUAAUGACGGCUGUGAUGUGGACAUCUUUUCUGCAGGGAUCUUUUUUUUUCUUCUUUUUGGUUGUGAUAAUACACUUCGUAGAUGGACAAUCAAUGUUAUGUUUGCAGUAUGCUAUGUUUUGUGUUAUUAGGGACAACCAAUGCAAGAACUGUAUCCAUGAAUCCUGCCUCCUUGUUUUGAUUGACAAGGUAUUAAUGUAACUAUAUGUUUAUUUGUACAAUUGCACCACAUUAUAAUAAGUUCUUGGUAUUCCAUGUACGACUGUGCCUCAUGAAGUGACCCAUAAUUUGAAAUGAGAGUGUUUAUAUGGGCCGGUCAGCUCUGACCCACGAGUCUAUUCUGCUUACAGGUGCAAAAAAUUAAAGAACUGAUCUACA